ACACUCAAGAAUUCUAUACAUUUCUAUGUAGAUAUAGGAAAUAACAAUACAUAGAGUCAGCAUGAAAUACUUGAAGAUAUUGUUUCUAGUUUCUUCAUAUAUUUUUGUUGAAACAACCAACAUUUAUAAAGACGAAACAGGCGCUAUAAAUUAUUAUAUUGAUUUGAUGAAGAAUGGUGUUAGAGAAUCCAAUAAUUACGUAUUUCCUACAGAUGCACGUAUGUACGAGCCUGCAGAUAAUGUUGUAAACGAUUAUGGUACUUACGAUUUUAUAAUCAUUGGUGCAGGAGCAAGUGGUACAGUACUAGCAAAUAGAUUAUCUGAAAUAACGUCAUGGAAAAUUCUUUUAAUAGAAGCUGGAGACUUUUCUGAUGGAGGUUUUAUAAACAUUCCGGCUUAUUUUGACUACCAGUCCAAAUCCAAAUACAACUGGGGCUACAAGUCGGUUCCUCAAAACAACUCGUGUCUUGAUAAUCCGAAGAAAUCCUGUCCCAUAAGUGCUGGAAAAGGAGUAGGAGGUGGAACUUUGAUUAAUGAUCACAUAUAUACUCGUGGUCCACGCGAACAAUACAAUAAUUUAGCUAAAUCGAUCGAUGAUCCAUCUUGGAACUAUGAUAAUUUACUGCAGUACUUCAAAAAAACUGAAUAUUUUGAAUCUAUCAAUCCUGAAAUACCAAUCAAUAUAUCGUAUCAUGGGAAAGUUGGUUUAUUAAAUAAUCAAAAUGCGAUGUACCAUGAAAAACUUGCCAAACCAUUUUUUGAAGCAAACAAGGAACUGGGUUAUUCCAUGAUAGAUUACAACGGACCUGAUAUGAUCGGAACUUCUGUCAUCCAGCAAUUCAUCAAAUUUGGUAGGAGGGAAGAUUUUGGUAACGUUUUCAUAACUCCUUUCCUUGGGAGGUCUAGUUUGGAAGUUACUACAAAGAGUUAUGUCAUAAAAAUCGAAAUUAAUAACAAAACCAAAAUAGCGGAGAGUGUUUUGUUUACUAAAAAUAGAAGAAUGUAUCGAGCAAAAGCUUCAAAGGAGAUCCUAUUAUCAUGCGGAACUAUAGCCAGUCCAAAAAUUCUCAUGCUUUCUGGGAUAGGACCAAAAAAUCAUUUAGAAGCUUUGGGCAUCGAUGUAAUUCAAAAUUUAGAAGUAGGAAGUCGAUACAAAGAUCACGUUUACGUAUUUUUACCAUUUUCUACUGAUAUCAAAUUACCAAAGACGCCUUUUCCUAUACAAGUAGCACAAUAUUUACGGGGUUACGGUGAUCUAUCGAUUGAAACUGAAACUGUGGGCUUUUUUCAAAUUAAUAAAAGUGGCAGUGGAAUACCAGAUUUUGAAAUAUUUUCAUUUGUUGAUCAGAACAUAACAGCGAAAAUGCAACUCGAAGUUCAAUCAUCAAAAAGCACGAAUAUUUUUUAUGUAUUAUCGUUUUUUGGUUCGAAAUCAACAGGUACGCUGCGAUUAAAAAGCAAUAGUCCUUAUGAUUAUCCAUUAAUAGACCCUAAUUUACUUUCCGACGCUAAAAACGAGGACUUAGACGGCUUGUAUCACAGUUUAAAAUACAUUUUCAAGCUCGUGGAAAGUAAACCGUACAAACAAAGUAAAUUCAAGUUUUCAGAUGAUCGUCCUCCGGCAUGUGCAGCUUAUCAAUACAAUUCGAAAGAUUAUUGGCUAUGCUAUUUAAAACAACGUAGUGGAGCUGGAAUGCAUAUGACAAGUACAUGUAGUAUAGGUACAGAUCCAAAGAAGGGGGCAGUUGUCGAUACAAAUUUGAAAGUAUACGGAAUAAAAAAUCUAAGAGUUGUCGAUUGCAGUGUUUUUCCUGAACCUAUAUUAGGACAUACAACUAUUCCAUGCGCAACUGUAGCUGAAAAAAUUAGCGAUGUGAUCAAAAUUGAUUAUGGACAAAUGAUAUAUUUAGAUUAAAUAUUAUAAAAAUAUAUUUUACAACUGCUUU